AUGAACCUUUGUGCUCUUCCGAUUCCAAUUGUUCAACAGUCCCCACUCACCAUCAACUGCGUGGCACUAUCAACCAUGACAAGCAUGAUGGAAUACCAGUCGAUGCUCUCCUUCUCUCACCCUCCUCCGCGGGACAAGGUGCGCUUAGGGAUAGCCAUCCUUAACCAAUACGCGCAAGUCUGGGUCAUCGGUGCCAAUACCAGCGCCAGGAUGAAGAAGAUGGCCCGGGAGAUAUUUACGAUGGUCCGACCGGAUCGGAUCCCUGAGUCUGGCUUGCUUGUCGACGUGGCUACUUUCUUGGACCAGAAUCUGCUUUCUACUGCGGACGCCUGGCCAGACUUUCAUUCUGUGGGAAGCAGGCUAUAA